UUGCACAAAGAACUUAUGGACUGGUCCCAGACUACUGGGAUUCAUUUCUCUCCACCCAAGUACAGCUUCUUGCAUUUCCAGACACCACGCCAGAAACUGUUUGCAGACCUGCCAGAUAUACCGGAAAUGACUGCCAAUCGGAGAAAGAUUUUGGUUACUCGAGCUCAACCUUUGCGUAUCCUCGGUAUACGGGUGGACCCUCACCUCAGUUGGCAUGGCCAUGUCGAACACAUUGUUGAAUGUGUGAAGAGAAGAAUGCACAGCCUUCAGAGCAUAUUUGGAUCCACAUGGGGACUCUCCCUAUAUCAGCUACGGAGGCUAUAUUUUCAAUGCAUUCUCCCUCGUAUCACAUAUGCAUGUGGCGCCUGGUACCUUUGA